AUGAAGGCAAUUGACGCGUUACACCACAAGUAUGGUGAUGUUGUUCGUGUAGGUCCUAACGAGGUAUCAAUCGCCAGUUGGCGCCACAUUCGGACAAUCUACGCCAACUCGAAAACUGUUGUCAAGGACCCUUCUUUCUACGCCAAUGCUACAUUCGUUGGCAAGAACAACAUUUUUCAGAUGACCAAUCCCACUGAGCAUGCAGCACGUCGUAAAUUGAGUAGCCCACCUUAUGCUUCUCAAGCUGUUGGCAAGCUAGAGAGCUUGGUACAACAAAAGGCAGAGAGUCUUGCACAACGCCUGCUUAUUGAAGCUAAUACGUCAGAUACAGGCACUGCCGAUGCUUAUAAGUUAUGUGGCCUGUUCAGCUUUGAAACAAUCUGCAAGGCUGCCUUUGCCAAAGACUUCGAAGGAUCGGAUGGUGUUGCUGAUUCACUCAAGCUCUUGCAUGCGAUGGACGGCAGUGCCCCCACCCUCAUCUUCGACGGCGUUCUCCCUUUCCUACGUUCUACCGGGCUCGGUGUCAAGGUACCUGGGUUUAUUGGCGACGCUUAUCGAAACCAUCAAUACUGGGAAGAACAAUCUAGGAUCAUGGUCGACCACUUCCUGGAAAAGUCGUCUUCUGAUGAGAAGUAUCUCCUCUCACCGAUAGCCACAGGUAUCGAUGGCUUCCUGGGUCGCCGUCUGAACCACGAGGAACUAGUUGAAGAAGCUAUGGGUUACAUGUUCGCAGGAAGCGGGACAACAUCUUCAACUUUGACGUAUCUCCUGUACGCACUGUCGCUGCCGGGGAAUGAGCAUAUUCAGGAACGCUUGUACACUGGAGUCAACGCUUUGCCGCCAGGCGACAUGACUGCACUUCGUCAACAUCCCUAUCUGAACGCUGUCAUCAAAGAGACAUUCCGACGCUUCCCAACGAUUGUAUCAACCCUGCCCCGCAUUCUCUUGGAGCCUAUGCAUAUAGACGAGUACACCUUGCCAACGGGUACUGUAGUUGGUAUGCAAAACUGGGUCCACCAUCGAAAUCCAGCAGUGUUCCCCAACCCAGAUCAAUUCGCUCCUGAGCGAUGGUUGCAGAGCACCGAGGCUAUGGAAGCCUCUCUUACGCCAUUUAGCCUUGGCCGUCGAAAUUGUAUCGGCCAGAACUUAGCUUGGGCAGAGUUGUAUCUAGCUGUGAGCGCAAUCAUGCAUGCUGGGCUGAAGUUAAGGAUCGGAUCAGAGAUGAAGGCAUGGGAGAUGGAGAUCGAGGAUCGUUUCAAUAUUGCACCGAGAGGUCAUCGGUUGAUGCUUGAGGUCACCAGAAGAUGAAGA